AUGAACAUGUAAAGAAAAAGCCAUUCUCCUGAAUUAAGAAAAGAGUUAGCAUUAAAAUUAUUAAAAAAUGAAAAGUAUCCUUUUGUCUCCAAAUAAUCUUAAUCCCCAGAAAUAAAGAUGACCAGAUCUACAGUGAUUUAGAGGCGUAGGCCGUAGGAUCACCCUGUCAAUUCUCCCAUUAUUGAGGAUUUAUUGAGAUAAUGUAAACUCUUAGAGGAAUUAGUUAAGAAGUCGAAAAAGAUAAUAGAUGAGAAAGAAACUAAAAUUUAACUCUUACUUCAAUUACUUAAACAAAGAGAAAAUUGUUGCAAAGAAUUGUAAAUGCAAUCGCACAAACUGAUGGAAGAGAGACAAAUUUUAAUAGAACACAUCACUCAAUUGGAAAGCUAACUCAAUCUUCAAGAGGAAGAGGAAGCAUAUUCUCAAGAUGGGUAUCAACAACAUAUGACUAAUUUAAAUAAUUUGAGACACUUCCUAUAUUAGAUUCGUCAUAGUAAUGAGGACAUUCCAGUUUUUGUUGAUGUUGACAAUCUGACUUACGAAUAACUUCUCCAACUUGAAGAUACAAUUGGAUAUGUUAAUAGAGGUUUGAGCAAGGAACAAAUAAAGACUAUCCCUAAAGUAAGCUUUGAUUAAUGCAAAACAGAUGAAUAAUUAUGCUCUAUAUGCUAAAUUGAGUUUGAAAGUACUGACAAAUGCAGAGCUCUCCCGUGUUAACAUCUCUAUCACUCUAAAUGCAUAAAGUUAUGGCUGGGAAAAGAAAAGCAUUGUCCGAUAUGCAAACAGGAGUUGGAAAUUAAGAUGCCAAACUAGUAUCAAACUGAAGAGAAGGAAAUGGUAGAACAAUGAAUUAAUAUAUUAUAUAUCUUAUAAUGCACAAUUUAAUAUUAUUA